UCGUUCUAUGAUUUCGAUCAUUCGAAUUGGGAGGAAAGAGAAAACGGGAGGAUCCCGACAUAUUUGAUCGAGGCCGAUAGGCGACUGAUUGAUCCAGUGACCGUUCCGUCCACCGAUGAAGGCUUCCAUCAAGCUCCGGGAGGAUCGGCCGCCCUUGGUGCGCGCCAAGGUCCCCGUCGGCGUCCUCGGCCUACCCUUCAUCUCCGGCGUCACCGCCGCCGCCCGCGAGCUCCGCCUUGACCUCGCCACUGGCUUCCGCGCCGGCCCCUCCCUCCGCCUCUCCUACCGCCCUAACGACGCCCUCAACCCCUUCUCCCUUGUCAUCAAGACCGGCGUCGGCGACCUCGGCUCCCCAUCCUCCGGUUCCCCACUCUCCAUGGCCGUCGAGUUGGGCCUCCUCGGUGGUUCCUGCCCCACCUUCUCCCUCCUCCUCAAGCCCCGGCUCGGAGAUUUCUCUUUCCGGAAGUCCGUCUCCGCUGUCGUAUCGGGCACCCCCCAUGCCGUGGCUGUCAAGGUCGCGCAAGUUAGCGACGGUCACGGGAUCGGGCCGCCGAUCGUGGAGUUCCGCCCGGAUAACGCGAUCCACCUAGGGAGAAGGUUCGGUAACUUCCCCGUCGACGUCUCCGCCUUCACCGCGGGCAGCGGAGGGGGGAUCGAUGGGCUCCUCUCCGGGUUCGAGGUCAGCGCCAGGAGCGUCCUACCGCUUCGCAACCGCACGGCCGUCGAGUUCAAGUGGGGGCUGAGAGUUCCGCCGGAGCUCCGCACGGCAUUUGAUGAUCCAGCGGCCGGGAUCUGUCUGACCGAGCUGCCGUGCCUCGUGAUGAGUAAAAUCUCCAUCGAACGGUUGCCAUACGACAGAAAGGCGAAGGAGAAGAGGCCUGCUGGAAGCGCUGACGCGACAGAUUCGUGUGCGUCAGUGAGGCGCGAGGUGGAAGCGCUGCAGGCUCAGAGCGCCCUGCUUAGUAGCUCCGUUGAGGGGCUCCGGGCAGACAUCGGCGGCUGGAAGCUUGCUCCGGUAUUUUCACCGGUGGCGUGGAAGAGGGAACAAAGGAGUAACGGGAAGUUGUUUGAGGGCAGGACUGAAUAGCCAAUGCAGCCUCAUCUCCAUGAACAUGGCAAACUGAGGAAGGCGCUGAAGGUUUGCUUCUUAUCUUUGUAAGUUGGUGAUGAAGCUGCAGAAAACAAAUGUCUGAUAGCUAAUAUGAUCUGAUUGCUUUGACAUACUCGUGGUAGAAGCUUCUGUCAUGGAAUGUUUCUGAGAACAAGAUCCAAGAACAU